AUGUCCUUGUAUACGCUCAAGCACUUGCUAAAUGACUGCAGUACGCAGUUAUCGCGCACGAAAUUCGCUGCCGAGAAGAAUCGUGAGACGCUGGAAAGUGUAUGGCGAGCUUUCAACGACUGGAUUGAGUCGCGCUUUAACCAGGGCAAGGGAGUACACGUCGCCACGUUCGCGACGAUCACAUGGGAAACGUUCACUAACUCGCGUAACCAGCCGAAGUUGCGACCCAUUUUCUUCCUGUCCGACACCUUCAUCAAGACGUACACGCUAUCACAGAAACGACCACCCCUGCCCAGUGCGAACUUGGCAUCGAUGGAGGAUAUCAACUUUACAAAAAUCGCCAUUAAGUUCUCGCGUAGCCUCACCAAGGACCUCGUCUUCUGCGCUAUCCGCGACAUGGUGCAAAAGAUUGGGUCAGUGGCCAGUACAGGCUUGCCAAUGUCCAUCGAGUUCAAUUUUGGCCGCUUGAUCGCGAAGAAUCGAAGCAUUUCCAUGCUUUUCGACCCGCUUAAGUUCCCACGAGCUCUCGAAGACCACAUCGCCCGCUCCAUGAUUAGUAGUCCGCCUUCGACCGUGGGCAAUUUGGACGACUUUGACAUUUCGCCUGAAGAUAUGAACGACUACAGCGACGCGGUCUCUACCCCCGGCAAGAACGAAGGCGUAGCGCGAGGUGCAGCUAUGGAUAUUGCCUUCUCAACAGACGAUCAAGAAGCUUUACCCACGAACCGCAGCGAUCCUGACAACAUCAUUGGCACAGACGUGAGUAUUGAGAAGGAGUUGCAAAUGUAUGACGCGCUACUCUCCCCAGGAUCAGCCAAAAGCGAUAGUUCCGCCAAGCAUUGUGUCAUGGAAUCUGCCUUCAAGCGACACAUUUCUAAGAUGGCUAACGACGUGGAUUUGGAGGCAAAAUACGCAUUCGACUUGCUGUUGCAACAGCGACGUGACUUGGACACUGUGGCAUUGGAAAAUAAGAUGCGGCGAUUAUGUGCUGAAGAUCUCCAACGCCACAUACAGAUGCAAAUGCAGCAACGUGAGGACGUGAUCGCAAGUGAAAAAAGCCAACGAAGGAUGGUUGAUCCAAAGGCAUGCACGUUCUUCUCCGAAAGUGAGCGCACGCGCCAAGGCUACGACGACCAACGCUAUCAAAAUCGUGUGAGGGAGAAGCUCAAACACCAAUUACAGGACCAGAUCUCCAACAAGGAGCAGGACCGCAUCCACUCGAAGCAGAAGCUGCUGCAGGACGAUCGAAAGUUCUUACGACGAGUGCGAAACGAGUUGGAGGCGAUCGAAAAGAAGCAGGUACAGGACCGCGAAGAGCUGCGAAAAGUUCUGACAGGCUCGUGGAAUCGCGAUAGCGGCAUGAAGAAGCUCGUGGAGGUGCGUAAAAAGCAGAAGGCCGCUGAACAGAUUCAUCGCGAGGGUGUGCUGAUUAUCCCGACCCCGCGCGAUCAUUUCCCAAUGCUGCUGAAGCCCUCCACGCCCAGAGUUUGCAUCGCGAGACAAGUUAACGAUGACUAUUCUGUGGGCUUUGACAUUCGUUCGACGUGCGGAGAUUAA